AUGCAUCAGGAUGGCCCUACUCUGAUGCGAUUCUGGCCUAUGAGCUUGGGGACACCUUUGCAUAUAGCAGAAGAGCUGGGGAAAACGGAUACAAUUCGUCAUUUGAUCAAUCUCGGGGCAGAAACUAGCGUCAAGGACGCGAAUGGCCGCACCGUUCUGGAGUGGGCACAGAAGUUGAAUCAGACGGAAGUUGUGAGGCUUUUGGAAGACGAUCCAUGA